AUGACCAGAAGGAGAAGAACAUGGGUGGGCCUCUUUGUGGUUCUGCUUUUAGUCCUCUUGUACUCGGCAUGGAACUCCCUGAAGUUCAAGCUGAUCUCCUGGCACAAGCUCGACCCCGCCUCGGCAGCCUAUGAGUCCGUUAUUAUCGGGGCUGUGGUGGGGGCGGUCUCGAUGGUGGCAGCCCUGGCGAUCGCGGUGCCGGCCAUCCUGGUGGGCGUGAUCACGGUGGUGAUCUUGCUGGCUUUCUCCGGGAAGCCGCUGGAGCACCUGGUGGUCGAAGCAGGGAAGGCGACGAAGGAGAUCGCCGGGCACAUGGGCGGUGCUCUGCUGAAGGAAGGGCAGACCGUGGCGGCCGUAGUUGCCGUGUUAGGGUACUUUGCCCUCGUCAAGAGGAGCUCUGACUAUUGA